AUGGGGCCCCCGGGCAAUAGGGGAUCAUGGGGCCCCUGUGUCCUUGCCCACACUCAAAAAAGCCUAUACAAAAGGUACCAGGGGCAUUUCAUGGGGCCCCCUACUGACCCCGGGCCCUCGGACAGUGCCCGAGUGCUCAAAUGGUCAGUCCGCCCCUGGGUGGUACAGUGUCAGAUUAGGGCACCAUAGUGGCAGGGGCGGACUGACAACUCAUGGGGCCCCCGGGCAAUAGGGGAUCAUGGGGCCCCUGUGUCCUCGCCCAUACCCAAAAAAGCUUAUGAAAAAGCCAAUAAAAGGUACCAGGGGCAUCUCAUGGGGCCCCCUACUGACCUUGGGCCCUCGGGCAGCGCCAAAUGGUCAGUCCGCCCUUGC